AUGAGCCUUCGUACGGCUCUGACUCUGACUAGUUUCCUUGCGUCUUUGCUUGGUCUGGCCAACGUGGCGAACGCCUGCUUCCCUGCUCUUGGUACCUCAAGACCGGACACAUUACCCGACAACAACUCGAACUGGUGGUGCAAUCCUAGCGACGAAUAUGCAUUUCUUGGCUUCUCUUAUGAUGUCACUGCGUGCCAGGAUUCAUCUCAGCUGCGGAAAGACUUUAAAAACAUGCGGGAGAAAUUUAACAGCCGCUACGUCCGACUCCAUGGUGCAUGCGAUUCAAAGAGUUUCUAUGACGAGGUUAUUGAGGCGGCAUGGGAGAACAACCUCGGUGUUCACGCCCUAGUCUGGUUCGGUUCCGAUGGCGAUGAUCGCUGGAGGUCGCGCCGUGAUGCAUUGUUUGCGACCCUUCACAGCAAUCCGAAGGCACCCUUCGUCACCCGAGUAGUACAAUUCGGCUCGCAGCCACUUUUCGAUUCCGUUCUUGAUCCUGCAGCUCUAGCGCAACAGGUCAAGACAGCCCAAGCAAAUCUCAAGCCGCUUGGAAUUCCGGUCACCAUUUCAGAACUUGCAUUUGGUUACCAACAGCACGGGGUCGAAGUGCUGGAUGCCAUUGACAGCAUAAACGCCAAUAUGCUGCCUUAUUUGAACAAAAAUGCCUCCACUGGUGCCAAUGCUUGGCCCGCGGUUUUGGAAGACCUGGACUGGUUCAUAGCACACGGCAAAGGCAAGAAGAUAUACUUGGAUGAGAACGGAUGGCCGUCUGCCACGUCUCCAGAGGUUCAGCCAAACAGCCCAAAUGCUGUUGCCGACGUCUCAAAUGAGGAGGCGUAUUACAAGCUCCUUGACUCAAAAUGCGAAGUCUUCAGAGGAGUUGCUGGUGGUGGUGUUGGCUGGUUUUCUCACAUGUAUUCUGAUCAAAAAGAACCUGGGUACGGUAUUUACGAUUCCAACGGCAUGUUGAAGUUUCCGUUUCAACCUCGCACCGAGUGUUAG